AUGGACCCUAAAGAAUACCUUGACGAGGGUAAGUAUUUCGAAAUUCCUACUCAAUAUUACGUACUAAUGCCAGACUUUGACCCGUCGUCGUUGAAAGUGGCCCAAUUGCGUGGCAUUUUGUUUGACAAUGAAGUGGAGUUUCCCUCUAAUGCCAAAAAGAAAGAAUUAGUCCACCUUUUCCACGAAAAUAUCGGUGGCGGUGCCGUCAAACCCAAGAAAAAGUCCAAGGCUCGCGAUCUUGUGAUUUUGGACGCUCCACCGUUGAAAUCCAUUGAAAUAGAGGAUGAAAAUGAAGAUAUGACUACUUCCCCAGAAACAGCGGCAAACACUUCGAUUUCGGAGUCUGCCAAGGGAAAGAAGAGAAAAUCCAUGUACUCCGGACUGGAACUCAAGUUCUCCGACUCUCCUACUAAGGGAAACGUGUUUGAGAUCGACACAGACUCGGAGUCGGAGAUUCUUUCGCCCAAGAAGAGAUCUAAGACGAGUAGGGCGUCUACGCCGCAAACGGAGACCAAGAAGAAGGCAAAGUCGCCAAGAGUGAAAUCCCCAAUAGUCAAAUCACCUGAAGAGACUCCAUCGAAGGUUGUUCCACCCAAAGUGAACUCUUCAAACAGAAGUAGAGCUUCAACACCAUCCAAAUCCUCUAAAGCUAUUGUGACACCAUCCAAGGCUGCGAAAUCUGCUGUGACCCCAGUGAAAUCAGCUCUGGCGAAGUCAACUGCAUCGCCAUCGGGAACUGUGAAAUUGGAACCUGGUUCUGGUUCCGAGCACGAACACUUGUCUGAGUCAACCACAGGGACUCCCGUUGCAAGCACCCGCAAGUCUCCACAAACUGUGAAACCAAAGACCGAGUCUCCGAAAAUCGUUUCUAGGUCUCCUGUUUCUUGGUCCGCGAAAGAUGUCUAUCUGGCACACUCACUGCCAUCCUUUCAGACUGCUACUCAACUUUCAGAUGUUUCCGAUAAUGCUACCGGCUUUGAUCUGGCACUCAAGAAGUUGAAACAAGAAGACGAACACUUCAACGACACCGUGGCCCUGCUCAGCAACAUCUCCAGAGACACUUCUAGACACGAUCAUUCCCGAAAGGAUACUACUGAUGCUGAUUUAGCGAAGCUUCUUGGUGUGGACCUUCAUAGUGUCAAACCAAAGCCCAAGGGAAGAAGAGUCAUCAGUCCAAGAAACCCAAUAAUUAUUCAGAAGAAGCGUUUGGCUUAUUCUGAGACUUUAAGCGGGAACGAGGAGGAGAAGGAAAACGUUGUAAGUGAUGAGGAUGUCACUGACGAAGAGAGUGAAGAUGAGAAUGAGCAGAGCGAAACAGAAAGUGAACUGAGAGACGAACAUGAGGAGAGGAAAUCAGAAAGUGAAGGAGAGGACGAACAUGAAGAAAGUGAUACCGACGACCUCAAUGACACCGAUAGAAAGAAAAGUCAGAUCAAUGGCGAAAAAACCAAGUCAAAAACACAAUCCAGAUCAAAGGUACUGGGAACGCAUUCGACCAAAUCAUCGUUUCGCAAGUCCUUCUUUUGGUUUUUCCUCUCCUUGCUCUCGUGGACACUUUUGGCUGCCUUUACCCUCUUUGCAUACUGGUACCGUGAGCAAACAUUUUUAGUUGGUUAUUGUGGCCAGGAGAUUUACACUACAACUAUUCCAGAUACUCCAGAUACCCCAGGUUUCCUAGUCGAGGCAGGUGCAUACUUGGACGAACACUUCAGACCACAAUGUGUGGACUGUCCUCAACAUGCUCGGUGCUUCCCAAAUCUAGAGAUGGGAUGUUACGAUGACUUUGUAGAGUUCGCCCCAUGGUACUUCCCAUACAUGCCAGUUGUGGACCCAACAUUGAAGAAGUGUAUUCCUGACACCAAGAGAGCAGAAAAGAUUGAGAUCAUGAUUGAUGUUGCUCUUGACCUAUUAAGAGCUAGAAAUGCUCACAAGAACUGUGGAAGAUUGCCGGAGGAUGAUGUUUCCGCGGGCAUUGAGAUGAAUGACUUACAUGACCUCUUGUUGGCCAUGAAGGCACCAUACAUCACCUUAGAAGAGUUUGAGGAGUUGUGGAGGCGUUCGGUGGUGGAGUUGGAGAAGGAGCCCGAAAUAAUUGUAAGGCAAGUUACCCGUUUUUUACAAAUUUAUCAACCAAUUACUAACAAAGAACAGGUCGGAAUCGUUGAUCACGUUGGUUCCACAAUUGACACUAACAACACUGUUACAGAGACGGAAACCACGCACAAAGUUUUUCGAUCAACGUCCUUAUCGCACGUUAGCUUGAAGUGUCAAUUGUCAAACACAAUGGUCUCACUCGUAUUGAAGUUUAGAUUGACUCUUGCUAUCUUUUUGCUUGGUGUAGUGACCUUACUCGUUGCAAAAGUUAAGUAUGACAGGUACAAAUUGCACCAUCAACAACUUGACACUCUCUACAGGGAGGUGUUGAGCAAACUUCAAAGACAGGCCCGGUUGGCACGAGAGUCCAGUGAGCUUCCUGGUUACAUUGGGUCCAUCCAGCUUCGAGAUCUUAUACUUAGCGACGAGACCAAUCUUGCACGCAAGAUGAGACUCUGGGAAGCCGUUAGUCGCAAAGUGGACCGCAACACUAAUGUCUCGCACCAAUUAAUAGAGAUCCACGGCGAGGUGAUGAAGGUUUGGGAAUGGAUCUCGAUUAUUGAGUGA